AUGUCGUCGUUUGAGCCAAUUGUCGUCAUUGAUGGCAAGGGACAUUUGCUCGGCCGUCUCGCAUCGACAGUCGCGAAGCAGCUCUUGAACGGUCAGAAAAUUGUUGUUGUACGAUGCGAAGCACUCAACAUCUCCGGCGAGUUCUUCCGCGCUAAGCUCAAGUACCAUGCCUACCUCCGAAAGAUCACCCGAUACAACCCAACCCGUGGUGGCCCCUUCCACUUCCGUGCCCCAGCCCGCAUUUUCUACAAGACCGUCCGCGGCAUGAUCCCACACAAGACCGCCCGUGGCAAGGCCGCUAUGGAGAGAUUGAAGGUGUUUGAGGGCGUCCCAGCUCCGUAUGACAAGAAGAAGCGGAUGGUUGUGCCCCAAGCUUUGCGAGUACUCAGACUCAAGCCUGGUCGCAAGUUCUGCACGGUUGGUCGUCUGUCUCAUGAGGUUGGUUGGAAGUAUCAGGAUGUUGUUGCUAGACUUGAGGAGCGACGGAAAGUCAAGGGUGCUGCAUUCUACGAGCGAAAGAAGGCUGCACGGAGACAGUUGGCUGAGGCAAAGAAGACUGCCCCGGUUGACCAGAAGGUCAAGGACAAGCUGGCCGAGUACGGCUACUAG